CUUGUCAACAACCGCGGCUCGCUGGCGGAGCGGCGUCACAACAGCAGCAGCAGCGGGCCUGACAGGGCUGUCCGGGAGGAGUGAGGAGAAGCCUUCCCUUAAGGGUCAUGCUGAAUUUUGGAGCUUCUCCUUUCCAGCUCGCUGAGGAAGGAAUGGAGAUGAUUACCAAAAACAAGCACAUUAGGAAGCGUUCUUGGAAUAAUACCACUGAAAAAAGUGAUUUUGAAGCUGUAGAAGCUCUGAUGUCCAUGAGUUGCAGUUGGAAAUCAGACUAUAAGAAAUAUGUUGAACUGAGACCAAUAACACCAGCACCUGAUUCAUCUGAAGAACUUGAGGACAACCUGCUAUCUCCCGCUGACUUCCCUACAAUAUCAGCCUUUUGUCUGACUCCACCCUACAGCCCUUCCGACCUUGAAAUGUCACAGUCAAUCCAUCCAGCAACACCAGCACCAUCUACUGUACAGAGCAAGCAACUUACGGACGCUUCUGAACAAGGCUUUACAGCCACUUUUAAAGAUACUGAAAAGACCCCAUCAGCAAGAAUGCUGAAAGCUCAGGCAACAAGUGUCAUUCGUCACACAGCUGAUGUCCAGCUUUGCAAUAACAGAACCUGUCCAACAAGGACUGUCAGUAUGCCGAAGCAUCAGGGUGAUAAUAUGAGGGAAGCAAGUCAACAAGACAAUGCAGAAACAGAACAAAAAGCAUCAAGUGAAAACUUGCCAGUGGGUUCUGCAGUUUCUGAAGAUAAAGUGCCUGAUACACAAAAAGAAAAAUGUUCAAUGCUGACACUUAGUCCAGUGCCUUUCACACAGACUGCAUCUAGCGCCCCUGUAUAUAUCCCUGGAUCAGUACAGCGGUCUGCAUUGUUUGUUCCUCCACCUCCUAUGCAAGCAGCAGGAGUUUCUUCAGUGCCACUGGUUUGCCAAAUGGUUCCGCUGCCUGCUAACAACUCUGUUGUGACCGCAGUAGUACCCAACACUCCCAAUAGUCAACUGACACCAAACCUUUGUCAGCCGAUGGUGUUCAUGGGAGCCCAGGUUCCCAAAGGAGCUCUUAUGUUUGUUGUGCCACAGACCGUUGUUCAGAAUCCAAAGACUCCGGUAAUCAGUCCAAAUGGCACCAGACUCUCCCCUAUUGCUCCGGCUCCAGGUUUUGCCCCUGCUGCAACGAAGAGCGCUCAACCCAUUGACUCUUUAAGAAUACGAAGUCAUGUUUGUAACUAUCCAGGAUGUGGAAAAACCUAUUUCAAGAGUUCUCAUUUGAAAGCUCAUGUUAGAACACACACAGGAGAAAAGCCAUUCAGCUGCAGUUGGAAAGGCUGUGAGAGGAGAUUUGCCCGUUCCGAUGAACUGUCUCGCCACCGCAGAACACACACUGGUGAGAAAAAAUUUGCUUGCCCAAUGUGUAAUCGACGAUUCAUGAGGAGUGACCACUUAACAAAACAUGCACGUCGGCACUUGUCAGCCAAGAAAUUACCAAACUGGCAAAUGGAAGUGAGCAAGUUGAAUGAUAUUAUUGUGCCACCUCCUUCUGCACCUGCACAGUGAAAGGAAAUCCUUUGAUGACAUGGUUAACUCACUGUAGCCACUGUGACUGGAACGCCAACAGUGUGGGAAACGGCUUGGGAAACAAGUUUGGUUCUAGUAUCAGCCUCUGGUGGAGGCUCAGAAAGAGGCAGUGGCACACUGUACUCCCAGGAGUGUUGGUGACUGCAGGUCUUUCUUGUACCCGAGGAAGGGAGAAAUAGAAAUGUCCAUGACAGUCCAAGAAUAAGGUUUUAUGCAUCUGGAAAGAAUUCAUAUGCACUAUAGAUCAGCAGGUAUAAGCCAGAGAGCUUUAUACAGGUGUUAGGUCUUGAGAAUCUAUUCAGAGAAGCUGUAAACAAAACAUAGAAAAAAAUUACUCAUUUCUAGCACAGAAUCAGGGAUAACACCUUCUCUAUACCAGUAAGCUGCAUCUUCUUUUUAAGCAGGAGAAUGUUUGGUUUCAUUCUUUUAAGACCCAAUUGUGAAUUAUAGUGGAAGUUUGGUUCUUACCAACUUCUUGAGAUUAGACUUGUUUAUCUCCAUUCCCUAGCAUAUCAAGUCUAGCUAAAGUAAUUAUAACAGUUCUGAAUAUCUGUUAAGUAUAUGAAUGAGUAAGAUGUUACAUGGUUGGCUUAUUCUGACAUGUAAAUCUAAUAGUAUCUUACUAUUUAUUUUGAAAACAUCAUUAUUACCAUUUACUGUACUUCAGCAUCUUCUGAUGCUUCUGCUUUUUAAGUUGCUUAGGGUUACAUUUAUACUUUCAAAUUCUAUGCCAUCAAAUGUUCAAAAACUUGGUACAGUGCACUUUGUUUAAAAUAUAAUCUUAUAGGAGAUUAUGAGGAAGGAAAGACAAGAGUAGCAUGCUAUGUUACUUUCUGAAAUAAGUCGUAAUAGGAGUAUAAGCGGCCUUAGUAUGUUGAAGGUAUAGUUUAGGCUGUAUUAAAAUUGGGAAAUGUGGGCUUGUGCAAGAAGAAGAAAAAGGAUUGAAUUGAAAAAUUAACCCUGUGGGUACACCGUGAUCUUUGCAUCAUUUUUCUCUCCCAUUUCUACUAUAGCGGAGAAGAAUGAGCUGCUAGUAAAAUGGUGUAAUAUCUAUUUUCUGACUACUUUAAAAUUUUUGCACAGUGUUUCUUAUAAUGUACUUUAUACCUUGUUUACAAUAAAGAGCAGUUUUCUUUAAUAUAAAGAAGU